AUGGGUGUUUUCGAGGUGAAAAGUCCCGAACUCGUGAAGUUGCAGCCUCUGGACGAAAAGAAGACCACAACAGCUGUCACGCAUUCCGAUGGCAGUGUUCUCGAAGCCGAUAUCUACAUCUCAGCAGUCGGAACCACUCCCAAUACAUUGCUCAUCGACAAAUCCCUGCUGGUCGCCGACUGCCGGGUGAAUGUCACAGACAAGCUGCGUGUAGAGCGGGCCGGUGAAAGAGUCUACGCUGUGAGUGACUGGCGUCAAGCGCGCGACAAGCAAUUCACACAAUUCUCAGCGCCAUGCCAGUACUCUGUGCAAACAUUAACCGCGAUCUACUGCUCGCUUCAAGUGUUGAUGUGUCCGGAGACGGUCGGCUAUUCGUUGAAGAUCCUCGAGAGACGCAGCUUCUUCAUGGUGUGGUUGAUCAAGGGUCGGGAUUACUGGCUUUGGACCACAAGUGGGCUGUGGAGUGGCAGUCAGUGGUAUCAAGAGUCGUGA